AGCCUGCUGACUGCUGUGCGCCUCUCUCCCCCCACAGCCGCACUGAGCACAGACCCCACGGUGCUGGGCAAGUACCGCGCCGGCUUCAGCGAGUGCAUGAACGAGGUGACACGGUUCCUCUCCACCUGCGAGGGCGUCAACACCGAGGUGCGCACCCGGCUCCUGGGCCACCUGGCCAGCUGCAUGACCCAGAUCAACGCCAUGAACUACCCCGCGCCCCCCCCACCGCCCCCCAAGGUGUACGGUGGCUUCCAGCUGCUGCCGGCUUCCGAUGGGCAAUUUGCCUUCCUCAUCCCCAGCACCGCCUUUGCUCCUGGCGGUGCUGUGCUGCCCCUGUAUGGUGGCCCACCCACGGCUGCCACUGCUGCCUCGCCGCCUGGCCCGCCACCCGGCACGGCUGACUCAGUCUGGAGACCCUGGUGA